GAAAUAGCGAAGGAAGAAAGCGCUUUCCCCGAGCCGAAAAUGCCAACGGACUCGAGUCACGUGGGAUACAAGAGCCAAGGAACCAAAGUGAAGAAAUAAAUGGACAGGCUUCCUUAUCUUGGGCCUUUAAAAUCGGGCUUCGUGAGGGUGGGACGCCUCCUCAAUUUCCAUCUCUUUCACGUCUACUUUCCGCCCUAUUAGCGUGAUCUUCGCAUUCUCGGCGAUCGCUAGAGUAAUAGUUCGUUUUCUGUUUAGCCCAGACUUCCGCCCAUGUCCAAGAUGGCGGUUGAGCAACCUUCCUAACCACUACGGGGGCUUGGAGGCGUCUGAAGUCUCUGCUGGUGGUGGGUGCAGCGGUUAGUAAACAGCAAAUGCAGGAGCUGCUGCUACCAUGGAGUCGACUAUGGACUGGAAAGAAGUUCUUCGCCGGCGUUUAGCGAUGCCCAACACCGGCCCAAACAAAAAAAAAAGUGAACAAGAACUAAAAGAUGAAGAAAUGGAUUUAUUUGCCAACUACUACUCAGAAUGGAAAGGAGGUAGAAAAAACACAAAUGAAUUCUAUAAAACUAUUCCCCGGUUUUAUUAUAGGCUGCCAGCUGAAGAUGAAGUCUUACUACAGAAACUAAGAGAAGAAUCCAGAGCUGUAUUUCUACAAAGGAAAAGCAGAGAACUGUUAGAUAAUGAAGAAUUACAGAACUUAUGGUUUUUGCUGGACAAACACCAGACACCACCUAUGAUUGGAGAGGAAGCAAUGAUCAAUUAUGAAAAUUUUCUGAAGGUUGGUGAAAAAGCUGGACCAAAGUGCAAGCAGUUCUUCACAGCAAAAGUCUUUGCAAAACUCCUUCAUACAGAUUCCUAUGGAAGAAUUUCCAUCAUGCAGUUCUUUAAUUAUGUCAUGAGAAAAGUUUGGCUUCACCAAACAAGAAUAGGACUCAGUUUAUAUGAUGUCGCUGGACAAGGGUACCUUCGGGAAUCUGAUUUAGAAAACUACAUAUUGGAACUCAUCCCCACUUUGCCACAAUUAGAUGGGCUGGAAAAGUCUUUUUACUCCUUUUAUGUUUGCACUGCAGUUAGGAAGUUCUUCUUCUUUUUAGACCCUCUAAGAACAGGGAAGAUAAAAAUUCAAGAUAUUUUAGCAUGCAGCUUCCUAGAUGAUUUAUUGGAGCUAAGGGAUGAGGAACUGUCUAAGGAGAGUCAAGAAACAAAUUGGUUUUCUGCUCCUUCUGCCCUAAGGGUUUAUGGCCAGUAUUUGAAUCUUGAUAAGGAUCACAAUGGCAUGCUCAGUAAAGAAGAACUCUCCCGCUACGGAACAGCAACUAUGACCAAUGUCUUCUUAGACCGUGUUUUCCAGGAGUGUCUCACUUAUGAUGGAGAAAUGGAUUAUAAGACCUACCUGGACUUUGUUCUUGCAUUAGAAAACCGAAAGGAACCUGCAGCUCUGCAAUAUAUUUUCAAACUGCUUGAUAUUGAGAACAAAGGAUAUCUCAAUGUUUUUUCCCUUAAUUAUUUCUUUAGGGCCAUACAAGAACUAAUGAAAAUCCAUGGACAAGAUCCUGUUUCAUUUCAAGAUGUUAAGGAUGAAAUCUUUGACAUGGUAAAGCCCAAGGAUCCUUUUAAAAUCUCUCUUCAGGAUUUAAUCAGCAGUAAUCAAGGAGACACAGUCACCACCAUUCUAAUUGAUCUGAAUGGCUUCUGGACUUAUGAGAACAGAGAAGCCCUUGUUGCAAAUGACAAUGAAAACACUGCAGACAUUGAUGACUCAUGAUCUCAGAAAGACUAAACUGUAUUUAUUGAGAUAUGCUUGUAUUCUACAUGCAAAACUUUGAAGCAGAAUUCUUAGUAAUGGUCUAAAUAAAACACUUUUCAUCUGCCUAUAGGACAUAGCGAAUGUUUUGUUUACUGGAAUAUGAGUUACAAUCAUUUGGUAGCAGUAGGACCAAAGUCUGCUUUUCAGGAAGUGGUAAAUUCUGAUUCUGUUUAGUUUGAAUAUGGCAAGUGUGGUUUGCUGAAGGUAGGUCUUCAAACCACCUUAAAGUUUUCAUGAAAUAUUUCACAUCAAAGAUUCAAAAUUUGAAUAUUUGAGGGAUAGUCAUUUACUUCAGUUUUCUAAAAUAUUGUAUAUAUCAAGGAUUAUAGACUUUCCAUUCACUAGAGUAGAACUAUUUCAUUUCUGGUUUAGAAGUGAUUGGACAUGAUCUUUCAUUUAAAAUGAUGUUUCCAAUAAAAGUAUUCAUACUAACAUUUUAUUUUCAUUAAAAUCUUUGGUAUAAAGAUUUGUCUAGUCUUAUUAAUCAGUAUAUCAGGGUUACAGCUUACAAAGUGUAACUUCAUUUUGUUAAGGGGUGGUGAGAACGUGUUAAUUCAGUAUAAA